AUGGUAAACGUGAACAUUUCAAAACCUGCUUCUGUUCCAUCUUUAUGGUCUCCAGAAGAUGAACGCUCUAGAUCCAGUUUCCAGCAUGCUACGACAAACCUGAAAAAGCCCGCUUUUAACUUGUCUGUUUUUAGCUCCACGUCUCCAUCCGUUGAGAAUUCUUCAAUGCUUAAUUCUGGCCAUAUAGGAGAUUCUCCAUUUUAUCCUGGGAAAACUACUUAUGGGGGUGCAGCUGCAGUGAAGACAUCAAGAGUAAGGACUACACCUUAUCAGGCACCUGUAAGAAGACAGAUGAAGGCAAAACCUGCCAGUUCAGCACCUUGUGGUGUUACUAGUGUUACAGCACGGCGAAUCCUGAUGUCAUUAGAGAGAAUGUCCAGUCCAUUGGCUGUAUUAACCCAGUACCCUCCUGUUCAGAAACUUGUGACUCCGAAGACAGUUUCUGUUACUGCAAAUCGAAGCUUAUAUUUCAAGCCGUCUUUAUCAUCAAGUGUCUCACUUAAUAAAAGAAGCAAGAUUACAGAGAGGAGUGUGGAGAAGCAAGUUAACAGCAUUCCCGAUGAAUCAUCACUGAGUACCAAAAAUGUUUCUUGCCCUGCUUUCAGUACUCCAGCAGCAAAUGGCUUGACUUUGGGCGGAGCUGGUGGAAAGAUAAGAAGGGAAAGAAACGCACACUUGUCUACAAAGCCUUCUCAAGAGGAGCAGCUUGUCGAGGUCCCUGAUCUUCCCAGAGUUGCUCUACCCAUUAGUGCUGCUUCUUUACCAUCAUUUUCCUUUGGUGCAACUCCAUCAUCUGCAUCAUCAGCUCCUACUUUUACAAAACCAGUGUCUGAAAAGGUUCCAGUAACAGACAGAGUCAGUAGCAGCCCUACUUUUACCUUUUCUUCUCCAAUUGUGCUGUCCACAGAAACUGUAUCACCUGUAAAAUCUGCGGACUUUAAGUUUUGUACUCCAGUUGGCAAAAUUGCAAGUUCAUCAGCAGUAACUAGCAAAAGCAGUGGAUUUAAUUUUGGUGUCUCGCGUACCGUUCUGGCAAGUGUAUCUGCAACAAGUAGCAUAAUGACUUCAGUUAAAGACUCUGCUUCACACUUGUCUACUGGAGGGAUAUCUUUCAGUAAAAAGAAAGCUGUUGAAUUUGAGGGUGCUGUUAAACCUGCCAAAGAACUUAAGGAAGGGAGUGUGUUGGACAUUCUGAAAAGUCCUGCCUUUGCUUCACCUAAACUAUCUACUCAGCCCCAGUCAACAUUGACCUGCACUACAUCUGUCGAAUCGUGUACGCUGGAAAUGCCUAAGACAACCACAUCUGCUAGUUCUGCUUUUACAGACAACUUUAAACCUGCCACAGUAGCUUGGCAGAGUGCCACCCGUCUUAAAGAAAACAGUGCUGUGGAUAGAAAAUGUGUAAAAAGUCAGGAAUAUAAACCUGAUUUGGCAUUGGCUUCUUGUGGAAUUCAAAAUAUAGAUACCAGCCAUAUGAAGACUGCACCACAAAGCUCAGAGAGUUUAACUGGUUUUGGUGAAAUGUUCAUACCUCCUCCUGGGACUUGGGAAUGUGAUACCUGUUUAAUACUGAACAAGCAUAAUUCAGUCAGAUGUGCGGCAUGUGACAUGCCAAAGCCUGGAACUGGCGUCAAACCUGCCCUGACUUUACCAGUUGUUAGUGACAGUGGUCAGUCACUGAUAACACCUUCAGAUAGCUCUACCUUGACUACAACUGUAUCUUUAGGAACUGGUUUUGGGGACAAAUUUAAAAAGCCAGAGGGGUACUGGGACUGUUCAACGUGCCUUGUGUCAAAUAAACCAGAAGACAGCAAGUGUGUGGCUUGUCAGACUGCAAAACAAGGAGGUCCUGUGGUUGGUAGUGUUCCAACCUCUGUUCCAAAUAUGUGUGGAGGACUACUGGGAUUUGGUGAUAGGUUCAAGAAACCUGAGGGUAGCUGGAAUUGUGAGACUUGCUUAGUACAAAAUAAAGUGGAUGCUACGCAGUGUGUUGCAUGUGGAGGUACCAAACCAGGCACUAAGGGAGAAGCCAAGGGAGGUCCUGUGGUCAGUAGUGUCCCAACCUCUAGCUCGAAUGUGCAUGAAGGACUCCUGGGAUUUGGUGAUAAAUUCAAGAAACCUGAGGGUAGCUGGAAUUGUGAGACUUGCUUAGUACAAAAUAAAGUGGAUGCUACUCAGUGUGUUGCUUGUGGUGGUACCAAACCAGACAAGAAAGAAGAAGCUAAAGGACCAUCUUCCUCUGUUGGCACACCUUUUAAGUUUGGAGUUCAGCCAUCCUCUGCAGAGACUUUUCAGGCAGUUGGAAGUACUGGUUUUAAAUUUGGUAACCAAGAUGGCGCUAAGUUUGGACUUGGCACUACGUUAGAUUCUAGUUCAUCUACAUUUGGCUCUGUUGGAUGCUUUAAAUUUGAUAAGCCUGCUGGGGGCUUCAAGUUUGGAAUUGACUCACCAGAGAGAAAAACUGAAGCUGCAGACAACCAGAAAGAGUCACAGAGCAGUCGUAUAGUCACAUCUAGUCUGCCCUCUGCUUCUGCACUUAGUGCACCAAACACUGGAGUACAAGGAGUGGAAGAAAAGAACAGUUCUUCUUUAGGGAACAUAUCCUUUGGCACAAAUAUUUCCAAUAAUAGUACAGCAGAAGGGAAAGGAAUUAAAGGAAGCCUCGGGUUUGGAGGAUUAGUUGAGAAAAAAGAUGUUGCGGCAACCCCAUUUGUAUUGGCAAAGCCUGAUGAAAAAACUGAUGGAAGAAGAAUAUUUACUCUAGGACAACCAGAUAAAAAGGGUGAGCAGGGGACUGCCACAGAGUCCGUUUUCAGGAAGCUGGAUGAGAAGCAGGAACCCUCUACAUCUGUGCCAUUUCAGUUUGGAAAGAGGAAGGAGAUGGAGGAACCAAAAACACAACCGGAAAUAUCACUCUGUAAACCUGAGCAAUCCCAAGGGGAUGCAAAGCCAGCAUUUUUUGAUGCAUCAAAAUCAUUUUUCAAUUUUGGUAAUUCUGAAAAAACAGCAGUGACAGAACAAUCUAAGUCAUUGUUUUCAUUUGGAGCAAAUGCUACAGGUCAAACUGCGCCCAAGCCAGCCUUCAGCUUUGUGGGUAGUGGAGCUACUAGCACAUCUGCCACGAACACUGCCAGUACCAUUUCAAACCAAACCGUUUCUAAGCCAGCCUUCAACUUCGUAGGUAGUGCAUCUUCUAGCACAUGUGCUUCAAAUACUGCCAGCACCACUUCCAGCAGUAGUGUUUUUGGUACUCCCAUCUCCUUGUCAAGCAGACCAGCAUCAACCUUCAUGUUUGGACAGUCUAACACUGCUGAUGGCAGUUCUAGUUUUGGAAAUGCAACAGAAACAACUGUGACAAAGCCACUUAUGUUUGGUUCUCAAGAGAAUAAGCCACAAGUGGGAGGGAAUGUUGGAGCCACUGUUCCGUCAUUUGGUUUUGGUUCAGGAGGGAGCAAUACCACAGCAACACCUACAGCCUUUCCUUUUGGGGCAGCGGCUACUACAGCAACUAGCACAGGCUCAACCGUAUCUACUACUUCAUUUGCAUUUGUUUCUGGGUCUAAUGUCCAAGGUAACACGCCAGCAUUUGGUUCUACCCAGGUUCCAGCAUUUGGGCAAAGUUCUACUCAAUCAUCUGCACCAUCGUUUGGAUCACCAUCAUUAUUCCCUGCUGGAUCUCAGGCUCCAGCUUUUGGCUCCUUAUCUGGAAGUAGUCAGCCACCUGUUUUUGGUCAGCAGCCUAAUCCCCAACCUGCAUUUGGAACAGCUGCAGCUUCUGCUAAUAGUGGUGGUUUUCAGUUUCCUAGUAUUAAUGUUUCAAAUUUCAACUUCGCUUCUGCUAAUCCAAGUGGUGUUUUUCAGUUUGGUGCAAGCACUGGAGGAGCAACAGCUGCUGCACCCUCAGCACAGACUGCAGUAACUAGUGCUAGUGGUUUCCAGUUUAACCCGACCCCAGCAUUCACAAUAGGGAAAGUACCUUGUUCUACCUCUGGUCGGAAAAUAAAGACUGCAGUUCGACGCAGAAAAUAGAAUAAUAGAUGUUAUGGAAGAGAAUGUUCUACAAAAAUACAACUGGUGUCCUCCAUCACCAUGUACCUCAUUUUAGACUUUUCCCAAGUUAUAGCUGCCCAAGGUCUUUGGAGGUCACAGACAAGUUUUUAUCAGACGUGGAUACUGCCAGUUGGUGAGGACGCUUUGCAAGACUAAAAAGUUCCUGUUUGUCACUCAGUUUUUAGAUCCCAGCAAUUCUUGUAACAGACUUGGCGUAGUCUGAUUGUACAAGUGUCCUGCACAGUGAAUGGUUUUGUUAAUUAGUACCUCUUCAUUGGCACCACUAGAUAAUUAAUGAUGCAUCCAAAUUGUAAUUGUUACCAGUGGUCAUUUCUGUAUAGAUUAUCAUGUGUUGGUGAUGAAUGAUUGAUUACCAGGAUGAGCAAAUCUGUACUGGCAGUGUGUGUUGCAAGUGAUUGAAUACCUGCUGAGUGAGAUGGUUGGAUGUAUGUUGUGCAUGUAAGUAUUUUUUUUUAUCAAAGAGGGCUGAUUGAGAAAUGACCCAUGCAGAAAAUUCCUAGAUUUGUUCUCUGCAUUACUAGAUAUUUAUGUAUUUCUUUCCCAAUAUGUCCCAUUUGUUGCAUAAUUUUAUUACAAAAUUUGUAAAUACAGUAUGAUUUCAUUGUUUACCUGCUAUUCUUCAGCAUAAUCUUGACUCUGUGAAUUGAAAUUUUAAUUUUUUUGUUAAUAGCAGAUAUUUUGUUCAGCACUGUCCAUUAGAUUUUAUGUAAGUCUUAUUAUUCAAAGUUGCCUAAAUCCAUUUAAGAGAAUCUUUAAAGAAAAUUGGAAAUUCUUUAAAGUUAGAAAUUAUUGGCUAUUCUGAUCCACUUUUGUUUGGACCAAAACCAGUAUUGUACAAAGUAUUGAGUAUAUAUUUUUUAUAUUUGUUUAAAUGGACUGUGGUGACUUUGGAUAACAAGGAAAGCAAUUUACUAUUAAAGCCAUGUUUAUUACUGUAUGAUUAACAAAUUAAAAGUGGGCAGAAAUGCCAUCAAUAAAAAUUGUGAAAUA